CCCGGGAAGGUCUGCGUAUCGCCUGGUACCCCUUGAGAACCGCAGUGAGGACUCCGGGUGUCCAGGAAUCCUGAAAUGGGGUUGGUGUCGUUCGAGGACGUGGCCGUGCGCUUCACCUGGCAGGAGUGGCAGGAGCUGAGCGCGGCCCAGAGGAGCCUGUACAGGGACGUGAUGCUGGAGAACUACCGCAGCCUGCUCUUCCUGGGGCACUGUCUGACCAAACCUGAGCUGAUCUUCAAAUUGGAGCAUGGACUUGGGCCGUGGGAUGUGGCAGAAGCCUCGGGCAGGAGCCUCCCAGAUGUUCAUGUAUUGACUGCCCCGAUUGUCACCAGCCAGAAAAAUUUGUGGCAAGUUGGAACCACCCAAAACAAGGCAUCAAAUGAAAAGAUUGUAGAGCUAAAGGCGCAGCAGAAGGUCCAUGAAGGGUCAAAAUCCUGUGAAAGCGAAGCACCUGGGAGAACGUUAUGUCAGAGCUCUCGGCGCACCGGGAGCCAGAGGCCUCACACCCGAGAGGCGGCUCUUCCUCCUGUGUCCGAUCGGAGGGCCAGGGAAGGGAAGGGAGGCCUGGAGGGCGCUGAGGGCUCGCGCGCUCCAGGGAGCCCGAAGGCCCCUGCGGCCCAGAGGCUCCAUGCACACGCAGGCGGCCGCGGGGCGGACCCCGGACCUCCAGGCCGCCAGGGGGCCCUCCCGAGCGGGGGCCCCUACGCGUGCGAGGCCUGCGGCAGGGCGCUCCGCACCAAGCGGAACCUCGCCCUGCACCGGCUGCUCCACACGGGCGAGAGGCCGCACGCGUGCGCCGAGUGCGGCCGGGCCUUCCCCCACAGGGCGGGCCUCGCUCAGCACCGGAGGGUCCACGCGGGCCGGAGGCCCCACGCCUGCGCCGACUGCGGCCGCGCCUUCUCCCGCCCGGCGCACCUCGCCCGCCACCGGCGGGCCCACACGGGCGAGCGGCCGUUCGCCUGCGCCGAGUGCCCGCGGGCCUUCCCCUGCCGCGCGCGGCUCGCCCGCCACCGGAGGGCCCACGCCGGCCAGCGGCCCUUCGCCUGCCCGCAGUGCGGGCGGUCCUUCCUCCACAAGGCGCACCUCACCCGGCACCGGAGGAGCCACUCGGGCGAGAGGCCCUUCGCCUGCGCGCCCUGCGAGAAGGCCUUCUCCUGCCGGUCGGACCUCACCGCGCAUCUCAAGGCCCACCCGGCCGAGAAGCCCCAUCGGUGCACGGAGUGCGGGGCCUCCUUCUACCGGAAGCCGCAGCUGGUGCUGCACGAGAGGGGUCAUGCAGGCCAGAGGCGCUACGAGUGUGCGGACUGCGGAGAGGUUUUCCACUGCAGAUCCCACCUCACGCUGCACGGGAUGGUGCACGCGGAUGAAUACCCGUAUGUAUGUCCGGCAUGUGGGAAGUAUUUCUACUAUAAGUCACAGCUCCUCGUGCACGGGAGAACCCACCUGGGGGAUAAGCCCUAUGAAUGCGGAGACUGCGGGAAAGCUUUCUCCCGCAAGCCGAACCUCCUUCGACACCAAAGUACCGUUCACUCCGGUAAGAGCCGUUCGAAUGUAGCAGAUGCGGGAAAGCUUUCUCCUGUGAGUCAAGACUCCCUGUGUCUCAGGGAACGUGAACACGUGGAAAAGAACGCAGGAUAGCUUUCAACCUCAAGUCACAAGUAACGGCAGCGGACAGCUCAGCUGGAGAGCCCCGUGAACAGAGAUGGAUGGAUUUGAACAGGAAAUCAUGUGGCUGUGAAGUGUGUGCAGGCCACAGUUCUAUAGCGCUAGCGCCCAGGGUACUUUAGGGCUUUCACACGGAGAAGAAGCUUCACAAAUGGAGAGUGAAGAAGUGGGGUCGUUGUGAAGAACCUGAAGGUAUUGUCUAUGGGGAGGAAUUGGAAGACUCUAGGGUCGGGCAAGGAAUGUAUGUGACGUUUGUAAACAGACUGUCCUAGUAGGAGCCAGGAAGACAGUGCUGAGCGCAAAAGCCGGAUCAUGAGCUUUCAUAGGGAAGAAAGACCCUUGGUGCUGGCCUGGGGGCCGGCAGUUCCGGUGAUGUAGUCUUGUCUUGCUUUCAGUUUCAGUGCUACUUCCUGUGCCCUGCUGAAAUGUCAUCUCUCAGUUCCUUGUUCCUGCUGCAGUGACUUCUCCACUGUGGAAUUCAAAUAGUCUUUACCUUAGGUUGUGGGAUAUACCUCCUACCAUGACAGCCACUACCCCAAGAGCUGUGAACCGGGGGAAAUCCUUUCUCUCUGGAGUUGCCUGUUUUGGGGUUAUUGCAGCCACAAACAGAAAUUAAGACAACUUGCUACUGAGAAGUAAUGUUCUUGUUGUGAUAAGCCUGCCCAUGUGGCUCUUUGGCUUCUGGGACUGUUUUAUGCCUGUUCACCCAAAAGUAGGAAUUCUAAAGUGAAGGGGUCCCAUGCCCUGUGGCUUUACCUCAUUCCUGAGGUCAUUGGGCACUGGUCUUGGACCUGUGAUUUUUCUAAGGACUACAUGACAUUCUUCAGGUAGGGGGUAUGCAGAAAAGAAGCCUCAGCCACAAAGGGAGCCCUCCAUUUUGCACUGAGGGACUGUCCAAGGUAAUAGUGCACUUCGACCUUAGCAGCAGGGUUUCCUGACAAUUAGAGAUAACUGCCUAGGAAAGUCUUUUCCCAGGGUCAGCAGACAGACGUCCAUGUUCGAGGUGCCUGUGUCCUUUCUCAACCUGGCAGCAGUGUCGCGUACGGCCUUUGCCGAUAAGGACGACGCAACAACCGAGGAUUUCUUCAGUGGCAAGUUUAUUGUGUAGCUCUUUCCAGCAGAUGGUGAAGGACCUAGACCCCGGGCAGCGCUCUGCUUAAAUAGCCAGCAAGGCGACCUGUCCGUCUGUAAUUGGUGCUCUGCUCAAGUCUUCAUAAGCAUAUGGCUGGCAAUUGGAGUGCAGCCUGAACCCACAUUAGCAUAAAGCUGCGCAUGCGUAAACUGCAGGGCGGCGUUGGCAAGAAGAACCAGGAAACAGGAAGCCGGCGCCAUCUUGCAAUGGCGGGAGCGGCUCCCGACAUCUCCCCCUUUUAUAAAUAUUAAAGGCCAUCUCAAUCAGAAAAUUAACACACUAUGAGUUUACCGAUCAGCCUGUUGAGCCAACAGCAUCAGCGAUCAAGGAAUUUACACAGUGUAGGAGACCCUCCGCACCUUGAGUCCCGUGCAAUGGGAACCUGAGCCCUGGGAGGUGUAGAGGUCUGUCUUGAACAGCAUCCUGGUGUAAUGGGAACCUGUGCCCUUCAGGAGUGUUACAAGUCCAGACAGCGUCUCAGCGGUUGAGCAUAUUAAGCCAGACUUGGGGAGAUGUUCUCUGCUCUACAGCCAACAUAGCCUGCACCAUGGCCACAUUUUUAAGAUGUUGUUGUCUCUUAAAACGGCAGAGCAACCAAAAACAGAGGAACAGCCCCGCGAGCAUAGACAUGUCAAACAUUUCUACACCAAUCCAUUUUUUAAAAUAGGAAAAUGUAGAGGACAACCAGUUAAAUAAUCCUUGAGUAACAGAAACAUCUAGGCAAGUGGAAUUAAUUUGAACAAUUGUUAGGCGUAAUUUUCUCAUUGUCUCAUCAAAUUCGGCGGACCAAUUAGAUUGUAGCAAACGAGACAAUUCUAUGGAUAAAUUUGUAGCCUUAGUAAAAUUGUUAUAUUGAAUAGAAGUUACACAGAUUCCUGGCAAUUUAACCUCACAUCCCAACUGAGCCAGCUGUCACAAAAUCUCUAGCUGUUUUUGAACUAAAUCAAUACGUUGAUUAACUAUCAUUAAUCCUCCUCUUAACUGAUUAUUCAUGGAAGCCUGUAUAUCUAUCGCUUCACUAACUGAUGCUGACAAAUUAUUGAGGGUUUGAGCCGUGGCAACCUGGCCAUUUAAUGUUAAGGCUGAUACAGUCAGGGAGGCUCCAACCGCCGCAGUGGCUAUAAUAGCCACUAUUGCUGCGGUGAUACCAAAAUCACGCUUUUGACGAACUAGAGUCAAAGAACUACUAGUCCUCACCGGAAUAGGUGGAAAACGGGGCAUGCGGGCUACAGUAGCCAAAUCAUAAUCACUAGCAUUUCAGCACAGAGCAUAGAAACAUCCACUAUGAUUACAAACUAUCCAAACAAAUGGAGGCCAAACACAGACUGGGGUGGAUUUUACCAACUUUGGUUUUCCUAAUACUGUCGCAGAUAUAUCACCAGAUGAAAUAUUUGAAUACAUAGUUGGAGUAACUGUCGCUCCGCCCAAAAUGGUGACCAUGGGCGAAAGAUCUGUACAACUGUCACCGACACCACACAGCAGCCAAGCAUCAAAGGGAUCAAUAUCGUAGCUCCAGGGAUCCAUAACGGUAUAAUUUCCAUACCCCUCUAAGGGUGAAAAGGUAAAGAGUCUAUUUUGGAGCAGAUGUGCUCUGUGACUCUGACAGCCCGUCUAUGGGAAAAUAGAUGAAGAGUCCACACGCCCGCCAAUGUAAAAGGGGGCGUACUGAGGUUGAUACUUUUGAUCACUGCGUUUCUCAUCAGAUGAGUUGUUCUGUGGCCACCAUCUAAAAAGGAUCGUGGCAUUGGCUGAAAUCACUCCGUUCUUGGUGGUCUCUUUCCCUAACUUGGCAUAAGAAAAAUUUUCUAACCCUAUACAUGAAUCAGCAUAAGUUUGGUUGGUUGUGAAACAAAGACUGCCGUUAUUUGGCUGGGUGUUAUUGACCGGCAUUGGGGCUAUGUCUUGAGACAUUGGCAAAUAUGGUAGCCCUAUGGAGUCAUUGGUGGUAAAGAGCCGGGGGAAGACUUGUGCAUCAUACAUGACUGGCAUUGGUCGUGGGAAUGCUGAUAGGAUCCCCCAUCGGAUCUCCUGGGUCUCCACCUCUAGGUUCAUCUGCACUCCGCUCAGGAUCAGGAUCAAAGUUAGGGUCAGGCUCAUCUUGCUUGACCACCCUGGUCAGACGCGCUGGAACCCAAAUCGGAUUUUCUUGAUCCUGCAGAAAAACACAAACAGCUCCCCUGGAUCUUAUUAAAAUAGGUCCUUUCCAUUGAUUAUCAAGAACAUCCUUUUAUUUUAUUGUUUCUUUUGAUGUCCUGUGACUGACAUGUCUGUCUGUAGCAGACCGUCCUUCAGAAUCCAGAUUUAAAAAAUUUAUAGUAAAUAGGACAAGGGAAAUCUUAGUCCUAGGUCCCAUAGUAAUGGGGCCUAUUCCCCCUUUUUGUUUUUGAAGAAUCAUUUUUAAGGUAUAAUGAGUCUGUUUUAUCACACCUUGCCCCCUAGGAUUGUAAGGUAGGCCGGUGAUAUGGCGAACGCUCAUCUUUAAACAAAACUGUUGAAAAGUUUUUGACGUAUAUGUUGGCCCAUUAUCAGUUUUGAUCUGUAUGGGCUUGUCCCAGGCAGCCCACGCUUUUAAGCAGUGGGUUAUAACAUGUGUAACUUUUUUUCCCGGGAGAGGGGUGGCAUGAACUAUUCCCGAGCAGGUGUCAACAGAGACAUGGACAUAUUUUAAUUUUCUAAAAGCCGGGACAUGAGUUAUAUCCAUUUGUCAAAUAUGAAGCGGUUGUAAUCCUCUGGGAUUAACCCCCACUACGGGUGAUGAUCUGAAGUCUGUAUAGUUAUUACACUUUAAGACAAUAUCCCGGGCCAAAGCCCGGGGUAUCUCAAAUUUCUAUCUAAGAGUGUUAGCAUUUAUAUGGUAGAGAUCAUGGAAGGCUGUAGCCUCUUGUAGAGGGUCUUUGUAGACAAAAAUCUGUUUAGUAGCCUUGUCUGUCAAGGCAUUAGCUUUUGUCAUGGGUCCAGGUAGCAAAGUAUGAGCUCUCAUGUGUUGAAUAAAGAAGGGAGCCAUUUUGUGUCUAAUAGACUGUUGUAUUUUUGUAAAGACCUGUAUCACUUGACUUUUACUAUUAAUAAACCCUAUUGUUUUUAGAAUUUUGACUGUGUGAACCACAUAAUGAGAGUCCGAGACUAUG